AUUAAACCGUUUUAGGGUUAGGGUUUAAAGGAGCUCAGGGUUUCGGUUGUUUUCCAGUUUUCAGGAACUUUGUUCUAGAUCUGUGGUGCAUAGAAGCUGAAUGCUGCUUCUCCAUGUUUGGUUCUGAUGCAGAACCAGAACCAGAACCAGCAGGUUGAUCCAGCAGCAGAUCUUUACUCCGUUCAGCGAUUUAUAAACGACCAGUGAAAGAAUGUAGAACCGGGUGGUGUAGAUCUAGGUGGUGUAGAUCUGGACCUUCCUGGUCAUCUACACAUUUCUCUGAUCUCUGUUCAGUUAUGGAUGGGGUCAAAGGUCACCUGGUGACAUCAUAACGUGGAGCUGUGUAUCGUCUGCGUCGCCAUGGUAACUGAUCUUGCUUCCUGCUGUAUCCUGAGCCAGUGGGAGUUUAUAGAUAUUGAAUCAGAGGAUGGAGCCUUGGGGAACCCCACAUGUGACCUCUGACCUCUUGAUGAAACGUUUCCUAUUGAAACAGAAAUGCCAGUUCUUCAGGUCGGACUGGAAACACUGGAGUUCUGGACUGGAGAGUCCGACCCAGUUCUCCAGUCGGUUCAGUAACAUGAUCAGAACCAGAACCAGUUCUGUAGUUCUUCCACCGACUGUGUUUAUAUGGAUAAACUGGGCCUUUGACUAGGCCGUUCUCAGUCCUGCGGUAACCAUGGAAACCAGGUCACUGGAAGCAGCUGCAGGUUGGAGAUCCAGACUGAUUCUACCAGAUUUGGUACCUGCUGCUUCUGAAACACCUGACCAGGUGAGAUGAUUUAUAAUUUCUUCUAGGGUUUAUAAUAGUUGAAAUUGGGUUUAUGUUGGAUAACCAUUGGUGAUGGAUUAGGGUGGAUGUUGAGAUUAAUUCUCUAAUUUCUAAAAAGAUAUCUCUAACUGGGGUUAUUGCUCUGAGUUAAACACAUAUUUAGUCUGAAACUUUAUAAAUUAAUCCAGCAGGGCGGCGCUGUCUCUGAAAAUAUGACUUUGUUUUUUCCUCUUUAAAGAAUUAAAUAAUCUGAAUAAUCCAGAUUAACUGAACAUGAUGAUACUUAAUCAGAGGGACUCUCGGUUCUGUUGGACUGGACUCAGAACCAGCAGGUGGUUAGAACCUGUUGAUGACGUCAAACGUUGUUGUUGCAGCAUCACCUGGACAGGUGUAGGUCAAAGUUCACUUCGGUUCUUUGAUGCCAGCAGGAAGGGAGUCGCUGGAAGUUUCUAGAACAAUAAUGACGUUGGAAUUUUAUUGUGAAGGGCCGGCUUCCGGUGCAGCAGCCCACCUGCACGCACCUUGACGCAGCUCAGAGGCCAGUCGGCAUGACAACGCGCUCUCCAGGGCAAACCGGGAACAGCUGAUGGAGGAGGAGGAUGGCAGCUCAGCAUGUCCAGUAACGGAACCCGCGCAGAAAGCAGAACCGCCGCCGGUUCGGUCCAGCUCCCGGCCAUGGAGAGAGCGCGGCCCAUCACGGUGAAGGUGUCCGCGGUGAGCCUGGCGCUCAGCUCGCUGUCCCUGCUGCUGCUGGUCACCGCCAUCUCCACCGACCACUGGUACCAGACCGACACCCGCAGGCACAAGCAGAACUGCGACGGUUCCGACUCCAACGACCAGAAGAACCGGGAGAUGCCCAUCUACCACCUUCCGCUGGUGGACACCGGCGGCGCCGCGGCCCGGCAGCGGGACGUGGCGCUGAUGAAGCCCGUGCAUGUGGGCAGCAGAGAGGAGGAGCUGCUGGAGAACUGGCGGGCCAUCCUGGGGAUGGGCAUCCUGGAGACGGAGUGCGGCAGGCCGCUAUUCUCCACGCACUCCGGCCUCUGGAGGAAGUGCUACUUCAAGGGACUGGACUCGGACAUCGACAAGCUGAUCGACCGGGGUAUCGCAGAUCGCUGCACGGCUGUGAAGUACCACUUCUCUCAGCCAAUCAGAUUAAGGAACAUCCCUCUGAACCUGACCAGGACCAUCCAGCAGGACGAGUGGCACCUGCUGCGUCUGCAGAUCAGCUGCUUUUGGAGGUACUGAGAUCCAGCAGGAAGCUCAGAGGGGACAGGGCUUCUCUGUCAGGGGCCCCAAAUUAUGGAACGACUUGCCUUUGCAGGUCAGAGAGGCCCCUUCACUGUCCACUUUUAAAGCUCGUCUUAAAACCAUCUAUUUUACUUGGCUUU